AGUAAAAGUGUGCAGUAACGAAACGCAAAUCAAACCGUUACAACCAAUGCCUCUUUUUGUUUCUCUCAUUUCCUUCAAAUCAAACCGUGUAAACUAACAAUAAACCAAAAACACAUACACACACUGACACAGACUCAUUUUACAAUGGCGACUCCUCCUCCGAUCAAAUUGAAGCAAUCCCAAACGAACUCAACGGCGCAGACUCUCCUCGUCCGCGAAACGCUGCGUAUAAGCGCGAAUCUCGCUUCUUCCAAUUCAAAUUCAACAGAGCCAGAGACACCACCGCCGCUUUCUUUACUUGACUCGGCGGAGAAUCGGAGGUCGAGUCUAGGUUUGGUGGAGGAGGAGUAUGUGAAUUCGAGCUUGAGGUUGAUUUGCUCCGAGGAAAUCGACGGCCGCAGAUGGAACUACGUGGCAGAAAAAGACGCACCCUCUGGAACCUUCAACAAAGCCUCCAUUCGCGCCCUCACUCUGAACACUCCUCAACCUCCUCAUGAGGAUUUGAUGUCAUUUUUAAGAUCCUAUGUGGUUCCAGAAGGUUUCCCUGAUAGUGUCUCUCCUUCGUAUGUUCCGUUUAUGAAGUGGAGAGCUUUGAAGCAUUUCUUCGGUGGAGCAAUGGGUGUUUUCGCGACACAAACUCUUUUGAGUUCAGUUGGAGUCUCUAGAAACCAAGCAACUCCUGGCGCUGUUGCUACUAACUGGAUUCUCAAGGAUGGUGCUGGUCGUGUUGGGAAAAUGCUUUUUGCCCGCCAAGGAAAGAAGUUUGAUUAUGAUUUAAAACAGCUACGAUUUGCGAGUGAUCUCUUUAUGGAGUUGGGUCUUGGUGUGGAGUUGGCAACUGCAGCCGUGCCACACCUUUUUCUUCCUUUGGCUUGUGCUGCUAACGUAGUAAAGAGUGUGGCUGCUGUAACAUCAACAUCAACUCGUACAGCAAUUUACAAAGCCUUUGCCAUAGGAGAAAACAUCGGGGAUGUAACUGCUAAAGGAGAAUGUGUUGGGAAUGUUGCAGAUCUCCUGGGAACUGCGAUGAGCAUAAUGAUCUCAAGAAGAAAUCCGUCCUUGGUUACUACGUUUGCUUUACUUUCGUGUGGAUAUGUCUUCAGUUCUUACCAAGAGGUUAAGUCUGUAGAGUUGCACACAUUGAACCGAGCAAGAUUCACUGUGGCAGUUGAUUCAUUCCUUAAGACAGGACGAGUCCCCUCAUUGCGGGAGGGGAACUUGAACGAAAACAUAUUCAGUUUUCCAUGGUUGAAAGAUAGGCCUGUUGUUCUUGGGCCAAGAUUUAAUGAUGCUUUCCAAGACCCAGGUGAAUAUCUUGCCAUAGAGCCUCUCUUCGAGAAAGAGAGAUAUAUUGUGACAUAUAAUCCAUCAAAAGGUAAAGUAUAUGCAUUGCUCAAAGAUCAGGCAAAGUCAGAUGACAUUCUAAAAGCAGCAUUCCAUGCUCAUGUGCUUCUGCAUUUUGUACAAUCAUCAAAUGAGAGUCAAUCUAGUUCUCAGAAGCAGAGGGAGUAUAAUAACUAUUCAGAUAUUGUGUUGACAACUACUGAUCUUGAGGCUCAUAUGUCAGAGUCAUGUAAGAUGGUCUCAAAAUCAUAUGGGAUUUUCAAGAGCAAAGCUGCAGAGCAGGGGUGGAAGAUGUCAGAAUCACUUCUUAAUCCUGGCCGAGCUAGGCUCUGUGCAAGUGAUAAAUUGGGAUGACAUGCUCAUACUUUUUCAUCUGUAUGCAAACUGGGGUUUGACUUAUAAGGUGCUCAACAACGCCAAGCACUUGUACUGCCUCAGACACCGCAGACAAAGAGGUAUGUAUGACAAAAAGGGCUAGCACUAAACCAAUAGGACCAUUGGAACCAUGGGCUUAUUAAGAUGGUCAGUCUGUGUUACAGUGCAAAAAUACUUUGCAGUUUGCACCCUCUGCAUGGUGAAACACGCUUGAAGAUGGCACGGUGCAGUCUUCAGUUAUAAGGGAUGUGCUGUUAGGCAUGAAGUUUCAUACAAUAGUUGCACAUAGAUUUGGGUUGUUUUUCUUUUUCUCUUAUCAGUGGGGUUUUCUUUUAUGUUUUGGGGUUUUGAGUUUUUUCUUUUCAUAUUUUUUUUUGUCUUCUUGUGUCGUCGUGUUUGUGUUUACAGAAUAGUUUGAAUUUUCCAUGUUGUAUCUAGUGCACAAAGCUCCCACUCCUGUGCAGUUGAAUUUUUCCUGUCAAUCAAUAAAUUUUUAUUUGCUCA